ACGCCAUGCAUUUGGUGAUGCCGAAAUUGGCAAAAAACUAAAUUUUACUGCCGAUAAUGCCCUAAUUUAUCCGUUUUUUAUGUAAAACAACCCGUGGUACCUACUUUAACUAAGUUAUUCUGUGUAGAAACUUUUUAAAUUAAUUCAAAAGUUAACCUAUUUUGUAAACGAAAGCUUCCUUUGAGUAAAAUGGAAGAUAGUUUAGGAUUCGACGAGUUACGAGUAAACUUUAAGAAUGCUUUAUCAAAAGCACUCGGGUCAAACGAUGUCGAUUUUCUGGACUCGUACUCGAGAAAUGUCAACGAUGGAGAUCGCAAAGCUGCGAUGGAUCAAGCCUUUCGGGAUAAACUUCUAGACCUGUUGGUCGAGGAACCAGACACCCUAGAAAACUACAUACAGUUUUGCAUAGAAUGUUGUAGACACCAUCUAGUAACUCCGACUAUGCCUGUCGUUCUACUUGGAGACAUAUUCGAUGCGCUUACCCUGAAUAAGUGCGAGAAACUCUUUACAUAUGUGGAAAAAGGAGUUAACGUUUGGAGAGAAGAGCUGUUCUUUGGUGCUUGCAAGAAUAACCUCUUAAGAAUGUGCAAUGACUUACUGAGGCGUCUUUCGCGAUCUCAGAAUACUGUGUUUUGUGGACGCAUCCUGUUGUUCCUCGCCAAGUUUUUUCCGUUCUCGGAACGUUCUGGCCUUAAUAUUGUCUCCGAAUUCAACUUGGAAAAUGUUACUGAAUUUGGUGGAGAUAGCUCGAGCACUUUGAAAGAUGCUUUAGAUGAGGAUUUAGUUAUAACUGAAGAUAAGAAGAUUGCCAUUGAUUACAACCUGUAUUGUAGGUUUUGGAGUCUACAGGAUUUUUUCCGCAACCCAAAUAAUUGUUACAGUAAAAUACAGUGGAAGACGUUUGUGGCACACUCCGGCAGUGUAUUAUCAGCAUUUUCAUCCUACAAACUAGAAGCUGUUGAACUGCAAAAGUCAAAGCUUAACCGACUGAAACCAGUUGGCACUGAUGUGGAAAUGACAGAGAGUAAAGAACAGCACUACUUUGCUAAAUUCCUCACAAACCAGAAACUUCUAGAACUCCAACUCUCUGAUUCCAACUUUAGAAGAUGUGUUUUAAUUCAGUUUCUUAUACUCUUCCAAUACUUAACUUCUACUGUUAAGUUCAAAAUGGAGACUCAAGAGCUCAAAUCUGAUCAGUUGGAUUGGGUGAAGGAGACAACAUCACUUGUAUACAAGUUGCUGGGAGAAACACCAAUGGAUGGCAAGAGGUUUGCCGAGUGUGUCAAGAGUAUACUCAAGAGGGAAGAACAUUGGAACAGCUGGAAAAAUGAUGGAUGCCCAGAGUUCCAAAAACCGAAGCCGCCAGUACAGACAGAAUCCACUGACGAGGUCAGACGAGCUAAGAAGAGACGCAGACCUGUUGGAGACAUCAUAAAAGAAUACAAAGCACAAGAUAAAGAUUUCAUGGGAAACAAUGAACUGACGAAGCUGUGGAACUUAUGUCCUGACAACUUGGCUGCCUGCCGCACCAAAGAGAGGGACUUUAUGCCGACCUUGGAGAGCUACAUGGUAGGGGGCGGAGACUCGCGUACAUCUUGCGGGGGGUGGGGCUGGCGCGCUCUCCGCCUGCUCGCACGCCGCUCCCCCCACUUCUUCGUGCACACCAACAAUCCGAUUGGACGGUUGACGGACUACUUGGAUGAUAUGGUGAAGCGUAUAUCUCGCGACAUGGCCGCCAGCGCCGCCGCCGUCACCAAUGGCGACGCCAACACUAACAACACCGAUAAGGUCAAGCAGGAGCCGGCCGAAGAAGAAAUUACUGAGGAACAGAUGGAGGCGGAUCUUAUCAAAGAAGAGAAUGACAUAGAUCAGGUGCCAGAUUCUACAGCGGAAGAUGAAGAUAAAGAGUCGCGAUCACGAGUGACAAUGAUAACGCCAACACAACUUGACACCCUCACCGCCAAGUUAGCGGACUGGAAGAAGCUCGCCGCCAAGUUAGGUUUCAAGCCGGACGAAAUUCAGUUCUUCGAAUCUGAAAACGCGACCGAUGCUGCCAGAGCUAAGAACAUGCUGCAGUUAUGGUUUGAUGAUGAUGAGGAUGCGUCUGUUGAGAAUCUUCUGUAUAUUAUGGAAGGAUUAAAAAUGGUGGAUGCCUGUGAAGCUUUAAAGAACGCUCAAUGACGUAGUAUUGAAAAUAAUAGCGCAAGGGGCCUAACAUAAGAUUAACUUCCGGUUGACUUAUGUAACCCAUAAAGGAGGACGGGCAAAAAUGUGUGGGAAGUGUACCCACCACCAAUAACUGUCAGUCGUCAGAGGUAUCUCGUUAUAAAGCUCUUUUCUUGGCUAUCAUUUGUUAUUAUGGGAGCCAGCCUCAUAUCAUUGUGGGAAAAAAUAUAGCUAAAAGAAAUCAAUGAAAAAACGUUUAUUCCAGAUGUAAAAGUUAGCUAGCUAUAACUUUUUUCCUACAGCGAUAUGAGGCUGGGCCCCCAUAAUAACAAUUAAUGCUAGUCACAAAAAAAAGCUUUCAAACGACAUACGUCUCAGCGUUAUUGGUCGCAGGUACAUUUUGCCCAUCCUCCUUUUUGAGGUAAGGGUAGGUUCCGAAUUAUAAGCAGUAUACUACCCAGUACUCGUGACGUUUAGAUUCGGAGACUGUAAGGGUAGGUUCCGAAUUAUAAGCAGUAUACUACCCAGUACUCGUGACGUUUAGAAUCGGAGACUGUUGAUUUGUUCCGAAAUAUACGCCAGUGCUUUGACGUAUACGACUUUGUUGUGGAUGUCAUUUUAAGCCUUCAGUCUCGAAAUCAGCGGACAGCGGGGCGGGAGCUGGCGAGUUCCAAUGAAUAGAUUUAUAUGGACAGGCCUCGAAAACAGUGGCGCGCGGCGUACUAGACGGCUUACCCAUAUAAAUCUAUACAUUAGAACGCGCCGCCGCCACUCACGCCCCGCUGCCCGCUUAUUUCGAGACUGAAGCCUAAUACUUCACACUAGUCUCACUAAUGGCACGCCAGUAUAUUAGCAUCCGAUUCAUGAGCACUAAGUAGUAUGCUGGGUUAUAUUUCGGAACACACGCGUACGUUUUCUGUUAGUCACUUUGGUUAGGGCCGGUUUUAACACUACCAGCGCCCUUUCUUCGGCGCCCAUGAUGCUGAUAGUGCUGAAAAAAUUUGGCGCCCCUUUUGUUUGGUUGAAAGUUAAGGUUGGGCAGUAGAUGCCUCCUCAAAAAAUAUUGAUAACAAUAGGAUGACAUCUCAUGGUUUUUUUUUUUUGUACAAAUGUAUGUUAAUUUUAUUUCACGUUGCGCGUCCUUUAUAAAGAUUUUGUAAGACAUUGUGUAAACUGAUUCUUUUGUUUUGUAUUAUGAGACAAUUGAUAAGUCUGAGACUAAUUGUCAAUUAUGUCCAAGCAUGAAAUGAGUGGAUAAGUCAAGACACCGACCGUGCAAAUCCUACGAAUAUUUUUUAUAAAAUAAGGACCUUGAUCGUUAAAGCAUGGCUAAUUAUAAGGGGAUUUAACAUAAUAAACAGGUAAAUAAGUAA